CAAUAUUGCUCCGUCCAAUAAAAUGUCCAUUCUCAAGCUAUUCGGGUUCCCACUCGUCGAGCACGACGGCGUUCAACCGGAAACCCCCGAAGGGGGUGGCGGCGAUAUCAACUCCGACCACGAUAGAAAGUUCCGUUGUCAAUUCUGCCGCCGAGUAUUUGCCAACUCGCAGGCCCUCGGCGGCCACCAGAAUGCCCACAAGAGAGAGCGCCAAAGGGCCAAACGCGCCCUUUAUUUCCACGCACUCCGACCGCCGCCGCUUUACACCAACAUUGGCAGUAGUGGUGGUUCUAGAAUUCUGCCUCCGAGCCGCAACGGGUACUUUACGGCGGCGUACGGCGGCGUAUCGGCGUCAUCAGGGCGGUGGAUGUUCGGAAAAAUGGAAUCUUCAGGGUGUAAAUUGGAUGGUGAAAAGGGAUUACCAAAUCAUAAUUGCGCUAUGAACUCGUCCGCCUUUGCAUCGAUCAUUUCGUCGCCUCCGUCGAUGGUGUUUUCAUCAUUGUCGAGUUCUUGAAGGUUGGGUUCAGAGGCAUGUUGUCUUGUGCAAAAAGAAGACGACAUCGACGUACAAGAAAACAAUGUCGACGAUGAAAUCGACGAGGAUGGCGAUGAUGACAAUGGUAUUGGUGACUCCUCGUAAACUUCUAUCGGUUUUGGAGCCAACGAUGUGUGGACUAUGGUCGGAGGCGAUUCGUUGUCUUGGAUGUGGAGAGGGCGAAUGGAGGCCAACAGCCGCUGCCACAAGCCUUUAUCGGAACCCAUGUCGACCGAUGCCUUUGAUUUCUUGGAUCGACGACGGAGCAUGAAGAGGGAAAGCUUGAAAAUUUGCAUGGCUCGAUUACUUUUCUUCUUGGUCUGGCCGGAGUUGGAGAUGGGUUGGGAUUUUAGGUCCAUAUAA